AUGGAUAUACAGUAUGUCUACCAGAAGGAGCGUCGUGAGUUUGGUAAACAGUGUCUGUUUUCCGACAAGAAUAAGGUGGAAUUUUCCGAACCGGCCAACCAUGAGCUGUUCCGGGAGUACAUUCUGCGUGAUCCCGUAUCGAUUGGUACGCAGUACAGCCGCCAAAUGGCUAUCAGCGAGGCAAACACGGAGAGCGCGGAGUACGAGCAUCACGGUAUCCUGCACUCGGAAGGUGGGUGGCCGAAGGAUGUGAACUACCUCGACCCGGAGCAAACCGUCCGAUACAGACGGAAGGUGGAGAAGGAUGAAAACUACAUCAGCCAACUGAUGGCGCUGACCAAACCGAUGGAGCACUGCAUCUUCCAGAAUAAUGCGGUCAACAUCUACGAGAAGUACUUCGACGAUCUUGACCCCGCUCCACUGAUCGAGCGUAGCAGCUCGCGUACGCUGAACGUCUACCGUGAUCCGAGCAUCUACAAGCAACCUGUAACGCAUCUGUCCUGGUCACCUGACGGUGGCACCAAGAUUGCCGUAUCACACUGUAACAUGAACUUUGGCGAGGUGCUCGGUAAGGCGGUCUGCUCGUACAUUUGGGAGGUUGAGAAUCCGAAUGCUCCGUUGCUCCGCUUUAAACCCAUCAGCUCGAUGAUCUGUCUCGAGUACAACCAGAAGGACCCGACGACACUGGUUUGCGGCAUGUACAAUGGGCAAGUAGCGGCCUGGGACACACGGAACGAGCAAGAGCCGGUCAUGAUCAGUGAGCGGGAGCAUUCACACCGUGCCCCGGUCAAUUCGGCCCUGUGGAUUAACUCGAAAAGUGGUACCGAGUUUUUUUCCGGUUCGUCCGACAGCCAGGUGAUGUGGUGGGAUACACGUAAGCUUUCGCAACCGAUCGAUAAGCUGCUGAUGGAUCCGAUUAAGGCGGACGAGCAGGAUCUGUCGCGUUCGUACGGUGUUAGCUGUCUCGAGUACGAAACUUCCAUACCGACGCGCUUCAUGUGUGGCACAGAGCAGGGCAUGCUGUUUUCCUGCAAUCGCAAGGGGAAAUCGCCCCAGGAGAAGAUUGUGUUCCGGAUGCAAUGCCACACAGGACCAAUCUACGCGUUGACCCGCAAUCCGGCGUUCGUGAAGAACUUCCUUACCAUCGGUGAUUGGAUCGCGCGAAUUUGGUCGGAGGACUGCCGGGAAAGUUCAAUCGUCUGGACGAAGAAUCACGACGUAAUGCUCACGGAUGGCGCCUGGAGUCCUACGCGCUACUCGCUGUUCUUCGUUAGCCGCGUGGACGGUGUGCUAGAUGCGUGGGACCUUCUGCAGCAGCACAGCGAACCGACGCUUAGCAUCAAGGUGUGCGACGAAAGCCUAAAGUGUCUGAGGGCACACGAAUCGGGCCGGUUGGUCGGUACGGGUAGUGUGAAGGGUGCUACGUUUCUGAUUGAAAUGUCCGAAAACAUGACAUCGAUACGGAACGAUAAGCCACUGCUAACGGCGAUGCUUGAGCGUGAAAACCGUCGCGAAAAGAUACUGGAGGCGAAGUCACGCGAGAUGAAGCUAAAGGUCCGUACCUUGAACCGCCAGGACGAGCAUACGGAGGACAAACCAAAACUAUUCCAGUGUCGAUCCGCUUGCGAAGCUGCCGAGCAGGAAUACCUGCAGAUGCUGGAAAAGGAACGGAAAUCGCGCCAUCCAGAAGAGUACGAAGAAGAGUAUGAUCCAAAGAAAGUUCGGAAGCCCUACAAACCGGAGAACUACGAGUCGGACGGUGAACACGAGUAG